AUCUGAUCUGACUGAGUGUUUAAAUACCCACACGGGCACACCACGAGACCCCUGCUCCAAUCCACCACUCCACUCCAAGUCACACGGGCAGCCGUCUCAGCCUCGCCCGACUCCGCUCCCCCUGUGCGUUCGAUCAGAAGUUGUUUGAACUGCCGACGAACUGGAGCUAACUGUGAGAUUGUUUGGCCAGAGACAUGGAGCUGAUCACAAAUGUCACCGAGUAUGAGAAGCUCGCCAAGGAGAAGCUGCCCAAGAUGGUGUACGACUACUAUGCCUCCGGCGCAGAAGAUCAGUGGACGCUCAAGGAGAACAGGGAGGCCUUCUCCAGAAUUCUGUUUCGACCACGGGUACUGAUUGACGUCUCCCGUAUCGACAUGGCCACAAACGUCCUGGGCUUCAACAUUUCCAUGCCUAUCAUGAUCGCUCCUUCAGCCAUGCAGAAAAUGGCUCAUCCUGAUGGAGAGCUUGCUACGGCAAGAGCAGCAGCCUCUGCAGGAACAAUAAUGACACUGUCCUCAUGGUCUACUUCCAGCGUUGACGAGGUCAACUCAGUUGGGCCAGGGAUACGUUUCUUCCAGCUCUAUGUCUACAAGGACAGGAAUAUAGUACGGCAACUCGUGAAAAGGGCUGAAAUGGCUGGCUUUAAGGCUAUUGCACUCACUGUAGAUACUCCAAUACUUGGCCGCAGGGAAGCUGAUAUAAAAAACAGAUUCACCUUACCUCCACAUCUGACGUUGAAAAACUUUGAAGCGCUGGAUCUCGGCACGAUGGACAAGACAAACGACUCUGGACUUGCUUCCUAUGUUGCUGGUCAAGUUGAUCGCACUCUUUCCUGGAAGGACAUCAAGUGGCUGCAGACAAUUACCUCACUGCCAAUCCUAGUGAAAGGAGUCGUGACAGCAGAAGACACUAGACUUGCAAUUGAAUAUGGCGCUGCUGGGAUCAUUGUGUCCAACCACGGCGCACGCCAGCUAGAUUAUGUUCCUGCAACUAUCAGCUGCCUGGAAGAGGUCGUCAGGGAAGCGAAAGGCCGGCUGCCGGUGUUCCUCGACGGCGGCGUUCGCCGUGGCACGGACGUGUUUAAGGCCCUUGCGUUGGGAGCUUCAGGAGUAUUCAUCGGCCGGCCGGUGUUGUUCUCGCUGGCAGUGGACGGCGAGGCCGGCGUGCGGAAGGUGCUGCAGAUGCUGAGGGACGAGCUGGAGCUCACCAUGGCGCUCAGCGGCUGCACGUCGCUGAGGGAGAUCACCCGCGCCCACGUCAUCACCGACAGCGACAGGAUCGGCCGCUCGCGGCUGUAGCUGUAGAAUGCACAGUUCAGCUCGGCAUGUUGGUCUCGACUGAACUAUCCACUGUCCUGAUUCAAGAUACCGCUAUUUGUAGCUGUUGUGCUCUCAUUUUACGUUAGGCAAAUAAGGAAGCUGCAUAUGUGUCAAUGUGUGUGUGCCUGUUGAUGACGUUUGUUUGCACAAUUGCACCGCAGUCGUAGUUGCCAGUGUUGAUCACUUGAUUGGCGUUGCUGGUUGGUUUGGGUUCUCGACACAUGGAAAGGAGUUUAUGAGAUUUUGGGUCGGUUUAGUAUACUAACCCAUCAAUCUCGUAUAAAGUUAUAAUCUUAUAAGAGUCAUAAAUUGGUCGAAAAAAUCUUAGAAGUCA